GUAGUAGCAGCAGGAGUAGGAGUAGCAGCAGGAGGAGGAGGCGUUUUGUGUUUUUCUAGCCGCCAAAAGGGCUCCUGCUAGCGCGCCCGAAGGUUUCGUUUGAAAUAAUUCAGUACGAAACCACUUUAAUAUCGUCCCGUAGCCUACACGAGUCAGCGGCCUUUUCGAUCUCCAGGCGCGGCAGCUGAAUGACGGAGAAUGUGUAUUUUAAAGAGGCCAGACGCUCGUGUCCGUGAACGAAGAACGCGCAAACUGUGAACCCUCAAAGCGCUUCAUGUUCGAUCGGUGGCAUCGAUGAUGGAAAAGAUGGAGAAGGGAGACAACGUGGAGGAUUUGCAGGGGGACAGCAGUUGCUGUCCCAAGCAGCCUAGGAGCGUGUCAGGAGAACAAGGCCUAACCCAACUCGCCGAGGGGUCCUUCAAACACCUCCGCAUGGCAUCCCAGACGGUCUUGGAAGAAUUAAUGAAGCGCGGACGGUCCAAGUGCCCAAAGUGCCAAGCAUCACGAAUGUUUUACUGCUACACUUGUUUCUCACUUUUGGAGGGGAUUUCAGAAGAACGCGUGCCAAGAGUGAAGUUGCCCUUAAAGGUUGACAUCAUUAAGCAUUCCUGCGAGACGGACGGAAAAAGUACAGCCGUGCAUGCCUGCAUCUUGGCUCCAGACGAUGUCACCAUGUACACCUACCCCUGCUUCCCGGAGUAUGAUAAAAAUGAAAAGGUUUUGCUUGUGUUUCCCGGACCCGAUUCCGUCACACUCGACGAUUUGGAAAAAGAGAUGACAGAGGAUGACAAAAAAGAUCGAGGGGAGAAGCCCAGAAAUUACGUCACUCCUCGCGUCGAUUCACAAUCUAGUGAUCCUUCACCGCAGGCGGUAAAGAAAAUGAAGCUCGCUGGCGAUAAAGGAGAGCACUGCACCCCGGUGCCCAGCUUACCUCCGAAGGCGCCGGCGGGUUCUGAGAAGAGGUACCCAGAAGGUCCCUUCCACCGGGUGGUGUUCAUUGACAGCACUUGGAACCAGACGAACAAAAUGAGCAUGGACGAGAGAUUGAAAGCCCUGCAGUGUGUAAAACUCCAGGCGUGGGAAUCGCAGUUCUGGCGGCACCAGAAGGGAACCCCGCGCACCUUCCUCUCCACCGUCGAGGCCAUUUACUACUUUUUUGUCGAAUACCACGGCCUGCUGCAGGAGGGGCCCUACUCCGGGCAGUACGACAACCUGCUCUUCUUCUUCACAUUCAUGCACGGCCUCGUGAACAACGCCAAGGCGCACAAGCAUGCUUUGCUGCAGGCCUAGGUACUCGACCGCUGCAAUAGCGGUUUGCAGUAGAGUUUGGGCUGUAUCAUCAUCACGAUCCACGGGGAAGAUUGUCCACUGCACGCGUCGUCACUUGUUUCAACUUUCCUCUGCCUUGUGUCAAUAAAAGCACAAAGAUCCCCUGACGUCAUUCGGAAGAGGAGGCCACUGCGUGACAGCGACGGGGUACAAAUUUACAACUUUUUUUUAAAUUACACUGCAAAGUACACAGGUGUGAUUACACAUAGCGGACUAAUGCCCACGCACAUGCCGGGUGAGGAGUGACCCUGUGCCUGCAGAGGCAGCCGCCACUUGGGAUGCCCUUUCAAAAAGUUGGAAAUGUGAUUGUAAGCACUCGGAGAAGGCCUGGCAUAUAUAGGGCGCUCUCUCAAAAAUAAAUAAUUCUCCCCAAUGUCAAUUUGUAAGAACAGAAUUGUGGUUCAGGUGUCGACUGCCAUAACUGGGAUCUGCUACGGACCUCAGCGUUGCUAGGUCAGUGUGUAAAUAAUUUUUUUACAAUCGAAAGACUUAAAUGUGUUGUUUUUUAAAAUUUCAGAUAUUAAACUGGCACCUACCCGAAUGUUUACUUUGUCUAAAUGUAUCAAUACAAAAGCUGCAUUCUCUUUGUCAUCGGUCCCAGUCUCGACGGUGACACGCCUGGGUUCGUGACCCACGUUUAAGAAAUUCUGUUUGGGACAAUCUGCGACAAAGCCCCCUGCGUUUCUCCCCAACCUCCCAGUUCCUUUCCUCGACAUUACAAUGUUGGUUGUGUUAUAGAGCAUUUUUUGUCAAAUUGUGACCUCUUUAUGCAGAAAAUAAAUAAAUGUUCUGUUAAUAGCU